AUGUGUGUAGCUUAUGUUCAUGUUACUGAAAAUAAUGAAAUAGCACAAGGACUAAUUCAAAAACAACUAGGGUAUCCUGUUAAAUUUUGGCAUUACAUACCUGAAAAUCUCGAAGAAUGUUUAUAUAUUAUAAUUAUGUCUCGAUAUACUCAUAAUCAUCUACCGCCGCCACCAUCUAAAAUACCGGUUGCAAUCCAAAAUAAUUUAAAAAGUAUAAUUUCUGAAGAAAAUAUUUUAGAUUUAACGGUUAAGAAACUAAUUACUCAUAUGUAUUUUUCAACAAGAGUUCCACUUUCUGAAUUACAUCCAGCGUUAAAUAAUAGAUCAAAAAUUGAUCAUAUGAUUACAACAAAACGCCAUGCUAAACAUUCAUAUGGUCAAGAUAUCAUGGGCGUCGCAUAUAUGCUUUUAAAACAAAAAGAAGGAAGCAAAAAUGAUUCUUAUAUUAGAUCUGAAGUGUGUGCAUAUAUUGAAAAUUUUCAAAAAAGUAGCACAUAUAAAAAAUUGUUUGAAGAACUUUUUAUAUACGUCGAACAAGAUUGUAGACAUUCAAUUGAAUUCCAACAUGUUCACAGACAUGGUAUUGGAUGUAUUUUAGCGGAUGAGCAUCAGGAUCAAGCGUUAGGCUUAGAUCAAUAUUUGGCAGAAAAAUUUCUGAUAUUUAAUGCAACUGAACAUUUAGAAAGAAUUUAUAAGCUAUGUACAGAUAAGAGACAACCGUGGGUACUUGCAAGUUUGUCACCAGCAUUCACUAAAAUAUCACCAACUAUUUGGGCCAAUACACCAUUUACAACAAAUGCAAGAAAAUUAGCCUACGCAAAUAUUAACAGAAAUGGUUACGGAUUAUCUUUAUUGGUGGCUAUUCAAAA